UUCCCCUCAGCCCGCGGCCGCCAUCUUGGCGGCGGGGAGGCGGCGGCUCCGGUUGCGGCCUAGGCCCCGGUUUGAGGCCUCGGCCUCGAUUUGGGCUCAGAUUCGGCCUCCCCGGGUCCCCGCAGCGGCCACGACUGAAGGAGCCGCCUCGGGGGAGGCCGCGGCCCCCCCCCGGACCUGCAGCCGCCGGGGGGGGGGCGCCGGGACCCGCCGGAGCCGGACCGGGCCCAAGGAGCGGUCCCAUGAUGCCGUCCGGUCCCAUUGAUCCCAAUGGAGCCGAGUUGUUCCUCAAGGAAGAUCCCGAGAAGCGCUUCGGGGACCUGCGGGAGAUCGGGCACGGCAGCUUCGGAGCCGUCUACUACGCCCGGGACCUGCGCACGUCCGAGGUUGUGGCCAUCAAGAAGAUGAACUACAGCGGGAAACAGGCCAAUGAGAAGUGGCUGGACAUCGUCAAGGAGGUGUCUCUGCUGCGGCGCCUGCGCCACCCCAACACCGUCCAGUACCGGGGCUGCUUCCUCUGGGGCCGCACAGCCUGGCUGGUGAUGGAGCAUUGCGUGGGCUCCGCCUCAGACCUGCUGGAGGAGCACCAGCAGCCACUGCAGGAGCUGGAGAUCGCAGCCAUCGUCCAUGGGGCACUGCAGGGGCUGCGCUACCUCCACAUGCACAGCGUCAUCCACAGGGACGUGAAGGCCGGGAACAUCCUCCUGACUGCGCCAGGAUUGGUCAAGCUGGGGGACUUUGGCUCCGCCUCCACCUCGGCCCCCGCCAAUUCCUUCGUGGGGACGCCAUAUUGGAUGGCGCCGGAAGUGAUCCUGGCCAUGGACGAGGGGCUGUAUGAUGGCAAAGCCGAUGUGUGGUCCCUGGGCAUCACCUGCAUUGAGCUGGCGGAGCGGAGGCCGCCGCUGUUCAACCUGAACGCGAUGAGCGCCCUCUACCGCAUCGCACAGGAACCAGCGCCCGCGCUGCAGCCCCGGCACUGGUCGGACUCGUUCUGCUCCUUCGUCUCCUCCUGCCUGCAGAAGGCGCCAUUGGCCCGGCCCAGCUCUGACGUCAUCAUCCAGCAUGGGUUCGUGACCCGGGCGCUGCCCCCAUGGGUGCUGCCGGAGCUGCUGCGGCGCUGCCGGGACCCAGCACGGAGACAGGCCCUGGAGCCCAGCAGCAGCUCCAGCUCCAGCCUGGAGCAGGAUGAGGACGAGGAGGAGGAGGAAGAAGAAGACAGCUCCCCAUUGGCUGAGCAGGACACAGGCUCCUCCCCCAGCUCCAUUCUCCACCAAUUGGCUGAGCCAGAUCCGGGCCUCUCCCCCCCGCCCCGGCGGCAUUCCGGAGGCCGGGAAUGGCGGCAGCAGGGCACCAACUCCUCCUCCUCCUGGUUCCCGCCCUCCCUCCUCCCCUUGACCUUGACCCUCACCUUGACCUUGGCCCUGCCCCGCUUUGGCCCCGUUUGGCCCCAAUUUGGGGUGCCCCCCCCCUUGCACGUCCCGGUCUUGGUCCUGGCCGCCCAGCUCUGGGUCUCCCCGUGGCUCUUCCUCCCCCUUUACCUCGUGGGGGUGCUGGGGAGGGGGCGGGGCUUGAUGGGCGGGGCGGGGCUGCCCCGGCUCUGGCUCCGCCUCGCUCUGGGGCUGCCCCCGCCCGUGUUCUCCCUGCUCUUCCAUUGGGGCGUCCUCUCGGAGCGCCGCCUCUUCCGGCUCUUCCCGCGGGCCCGCAAGGCCGCCUUCCGCUCCCGCCUGCCCAUCGCCUCCUACAGGCAGGGCCGGGGCCACGCCCCGCCGCCCCCGGCCACGCCCCGCCGCGCCCGGCCACGCCCCCUGCGCCUGCUGGCCCAAUGGGCGGCCAG